AUGUGGCUCAGUCAUAUAACUCAUUUCUGGUCUUUAAAAACUUUUACUAUCACAUUGAAUAUUUCUUCCUUUUUUCUUCAUGCAACUGCUUUCCCUACGCUGGGAUUUGAGAGCGAUCCUCUUCCGCAACUUCAUGAGCAGGAGUCCGAAGGGCAGGAGCAUUAUAUUGAAGUUCGUGAUAGUAGCGUUAAUGAAUGGGGAACAGCACUCACGAAGGGAUCAGAGCUAAACUGCGGCAUGGAGAAAACAGGAGCUUCAGCUGCUACUUGCUUUUCAAAACCAACCCAACUCACAAGUGGCUUUCAACAGUUCAUUGAUCUAAAGAAAUGGGGUUGGAUAACUUACGAACAAGACUUCUACAAGUCUAAUAUACCAUAUGUUUCAAUUACAGCCACCCUUGAUCAGCUCAGUAUUGAACCUGAUGAUUUGAUAUACACUGAAACAAGACAUGAUGCAGAUGUCACUGUGAAUCGCGUGGAAUACGAUAGCACCGGCGCGCAUUAUAACAAUGCGUAUGCACCUGAUAAUGGAUUGAUCAUAGCAGAUGACAGUAAAAGCCCUGCAAGCAUGAGCCAGGACUGCCUAGUUGAUCCAUUGCCCAAGCUCCAGCGCUGGUCUGAUGUUUCGUUUUUGACAUGGGAAGAAAUCUGUCGCCAGAAGCAGAAGUCAGUCCAGGGUUUGAAAUAUAUCAUUCAGAAUUGGAUCGAAAAUGAGACCACGGAGAGCAUUCUACGAAGAGCCCUUGGAGAACCGAGCAAUUUCAACGAUUGGAAAAAAUACCAGGAUGGCAUUAUUCUGGACAACGAGAACAGCCCUAACGCAUUCGCUGCUGUGCUCGGAUCUCCCAAUGGCGCAGGCACGGCUUGGAUGCUUAUUCAACAUAGAAACCAGCUGGGACCGAAAAAAAUAUUUCAAAUUACUGUUCUUGGAAUUGGGGCGCAGCUACUUGAAGUAAAGUGGCAUCCGGCUUUGAUAUUCAAUAUCACGGAUCUUUAG